AUGUCUGAUGCGGAGGAAGAGAAGACAUUCCUGCACUCUGUGGAGGACACAGACAAGGAUAACCUCACUGUGACAGAGACGGGUGAAGAGACUAACACACCUGAGAAGCCUGCCCAUGAUGAAGGUCACAAGAGACCAGAUAUGGACAUUGAGGAGGAUGGCAGGUACUUUAACAGAAACAAAGACAAUCAGCUGAGCUCUAAAACUCCAGAAGAAAUCCAGAGGGGCCCUCAAACUAUUUUGGAAAACAUCUUGGACAUGGGACUUAGUGUAGGCAUGGAUCACCCUCCCUCAGGUAGGUGUUCAUUAAACUUUCCCUACUUUUGAGAUUGUGGUGAGAUGUAAACUGUGUAUGCAUUAACCUAAUUUUCUUGUGCUGUAUUUCCAGGAUCUCUGGAGUCACCUCCUGUCACUGA